AUGGCCGAUCGCUUUGAUCCAAGUCUGAAUUGUGACUUUGACGAGAAAAAACAGGUACUUCAAGGCAAAGCGGAACCACGUGAUGCUGCUCGAGUUGCUAACAAAGAUGAUUUAAAUUUGCCACAUGUUGUUGGCAAUGAUGUGAACCCGCCAGCGGCUGAUGAAAUGGAGUAUGAAGGCGGAGCGACAACGAAAGGACCGCACUUUAAAGGAUUGUCCGAUAAAAAUGUUCGUAUCAGUGAU